CUUCUCUUCUCCACUCCUCUGCUCCUCUUUUCAUCCCGGCCCGCAAUCCUCUCUCCUCUCAUUCUGUUUCGUCCUCAGCCUCUUCUCCGGUUCUCUCCGGUUUCCUUUUGGACUUUGUUUUAUUUCACCUCUGGGGUUACAGACACUACCUGACGCCAGUCGGCUUUAACUGGAGCGCAUCGGCAGUGGAGUGGAGAAGACGUGAUUACGGCUGGAGACACAUAACGGGACGCACAGCACUAGGGUUUAUCCUUGAUCCUAAAAAAAAAAAAAAACUCUAACGCACAAUAAAGAAGAAUUAGCUGACAUAAAUGGCUGACAAACAGAUCAGUUUGCCUGCCAAGUUAAUAAAUGGGGGUGUAGCUGGCCUGAUUGGUGUUACCUGUGUGUUUCCCAUUGACUUGGCCAAGACACGCUUACAGAACCAGCAGAAUGGGGCUCGACUCUACACCAGCAUGUCAGAUUGCCUUAUCAAGACCAUUCGCUCAGAAGGAUACUUUGGGAUGUACAGAGGUGCCGCUGUGAACUUAACCCUUGUUACUCCAGAGAAAGCCAUAAAGCUGGCCGCCAAUGAUUUCUUUAGGCACCAUCUUUCCAAGGACGGGCAAAAGCUCACACUGUUUAGAGAAAUGCUGGCAGGCUGUGGUGCAGGUACAUGUCAGGUCAUUGUUACAACACCUAUGGAGAUGCUGAAAAUCCAGCUGCAGGAUGCAGGAAGAAUUGCUGCUCAGAGGAAGCUGAUGCCACAAGCUGUGUCUCCUGGUGGCCCUGUUGAGGUGAAAAGCCAGACUGCCAUGCAGCUCACACGACAGUUGCUUCGGGAAAAAGGCAUUGCAGGACUCUAUAAAGGGCUAGGAGCCACUCUGCUCAGGGAUGUUCCUUUCUCGAUCAUCUACUUCCCUCUCUUUGCUAACCUAAAUAACUUGGGGAAGAAGGGGGAAGAUGGUCCAGCACCAUUCUACGUUUCCUUCAUAUCAGGCUGUAUCGCUGGCAGUACAGCUGCUGUGGCAGUCAAUCCUGUAGAUGUGAUAAAAACCAGGCUGCAGUCGCUAACUCGUGGCAGUCAGGAGGACACAUACAGUGGGGUGACUGAUUGCAUCAGCAAAAUUCUUCGUAACGAAGGUCCCGCUGCUUUCCUGAAAGGUGCGUAUUGCCGCGCUCUCGUCAUCGCCCCGCUCUUCGGGAUCGCUCAGGUCAUCUACUUCCUGGGCGUCGGUGAAUUUAUCCUUAGCUUUUUACCCAAGCGGAACAAUUAACCAAUCAGUUCUGCUUUCUGCCUUCCCAUCUACACUGCACCAGUUAAGACCUCUUCCCUACCGCCUCCAUCUCGUCUCCAUGUGUUACCUGGAGGUUUUUUUUUUCCUGCUUGUUUAUGUGGUUAUUGUGCAUUUGUUUUUUAUUGGAAUGUGUGUUUCAUUCUGGAUGAAUGUGACAAUCAAAUGGUGAUGAGAGAAGAUAUUCCCUCAGAAGGAUUGUUUGCCAAAUUCCCUUAGCCGAAGCACAGGCUAUGAAAUUCUUACUUCAACACGCCAUUGUUGUUGGUUUUGUGGUUAUAUGAAAUCUGCAAAAGUUUUAUCUCAUUCUGGAUUUUAUAAACUUAAAAAGUGAUUUUAAUUACUUUGCAAGAAAAAAAAACACUUUAAUGCUUGUCAGGAUCCUUAAGUAUAUUAUGCCUCCCAUUAUUGUGAUAGGAAUUCUUACAAGCCUAGGAUUUUAUUUACAUUUUUAUUGCCCUUGAGUAACCUUGAGACAUUAUUGUAUCCUCUAUGCGCUUGAAGGCUAGUGCAUAGCCAUUUACAGUCUCAGACUGAGCACAGGUCUGAGUAAACACAAACACUGAUGCUGAGCUUUGAGUCUGAUGAUAGCAGCGUGAAUAGCGCAGAUGACUCAUAUCGAUUCGAGCCAUCUCACACUACGGCUUUUCAUCUGUCAUAGAGAUAUUCCAUUAUGCACUACACCAUGGAGAGCAGUGCUGUUUGAAUAACUUAAAUGUGUGCUGUGGCUUUGUCAUUAAGAGCUGUAAGUAGCAGUUUCCAGUUUGACUAGAUAGUUGUAAUCCUACACCGCUUUACCUGCCCCCUGCUGGAUGGAGAUUGUCCUUGCACUAAGAACUGUUAGAGAGAGAGAAAGAUUAUAUUUACAUAUGAUAUAUUCUGAGAAUAACCUUUACGCAUCCCAGCACCAACAUCAACAUCAAGAUUUU